AUGUCGGAACGGUCUAUUACGCUGCCCGCGUAUUUGACUCGGUACUCUCAGUUUUCGUCUCCUCUUCCUCUCUUGUCUGCCGAGUACGGAGACUCGCUUCGCGGAUCGGCAUUGUCAGGCUGGUCUUCGCACCUCGCUUCUGGCCCCUCGUUUGCUUGUCCACCUCUUCGUCUUCUCUCCCCGAGUUCGCCGCCUCUGUGGGAGGCUCUGACGCACUUCUCUUCUCCAGCAGCCACUCUAUUCCAGGGCCUCCUGCCACGUUUGUCUCGUUCCCCAGCCCUCUCCCUGCAGCCAUGUCCAGCCGCUGUCGGCCCUCUGCCUUCCUCGGCCUCGUCUUCCUUUUCCCGUUCGCGGCCGUCCGGGUCAGUUGGUUCUCUGGCCUGUUCUUUGUCGCCAAAAAAGGAGAAAGAUCGAUCCGUGCCAUCUGUUUGCUCGCCGUCCAAGGGUUCUACACCGCGAACGAAACCCCGCAGUCGAGGCGGAGGCAGCGAGGGCCGCGCAGACGAAAACGGAGCGACAGGGAGGGAACUGAAGCGUCGGGGGAAAAGAAUGCGAUGUGACGAGAUGACUCACGGGAACUGGACUCUCGAUGGAGGUCUCACGGAAGGGGAGGAAAACGAGAGAAACGGGCUUCGCAAAAACGAAGAGACGAGAAUAAAGUGUCGCCGCAUGUGCGGCAAGUGUAUGCAUUUUCGUGAGAGGGAAAACGAGAGGAAGGCAGCGCAAACAUGUGAGUGUCGGCGCUGCUGGCAGUGUGCUUCGAUCCGCGGGCACAGACAAACAACUGGGAACCAAACUUCCUUCGGAAACAACGGCAACGAUUGGGCACCGUACCUUCUGGGCUUAAGGGGACCGAAUGUGUGGCGCCUCUGGCAUGAGAACGUUGAACAAAAGAGACGGGAAGUAACGGAGAGCGAGUGCAGCGGCAUGUGCAUACGAGGGAAAGGCGCAUGGAAAGAAGGGGAGAAAGGACGAGCAGGACGUGUGUCGCCAAGCUGCGCAAGAGGAGGCCACCACCACCAAGAACGCAGAGACAGAGAGCUUGGCCUGUUAGGUUGGAUCCUACGCCACACAGGAGAUCCAGUCUCCCCUUUAUUCGCACAAACCCUAAUUGAACACGCAUUCCAGGGGACACUAGAGUGGACGGAGUACGAGGACAAAGCACUCAUCGGCUGA